GAGACGACCAGCUGCACAAAACAUAGGUGCGGUCCGGUCCCUCGAGAUAUUCAAUUUUUGGGGGGAAAUAGCGAACCCCAAAACCUUCCCCAUCGCUAGAAGAAGGGGGGAGGAACAAGGCGGUAAAAUCCGCUGCAAAUCCUUGUGGCUGGAAACCCAGAAAAGAGCACUAGGAGCUUUUGAAGGGACGCAAGAGCAAGGAGAAGCACCAUUUCUUAAGGGACCGGAGUGAGCAAAGGAACGGGUCGUGCAAAGCUGAAAAGCCCCCUCAUGCUGAGGGGCGAAACUGGAAAGGAACAAACCUUUGCUAGUCUAAAUAAUAAAAAUAAAUGACGGUUGAUUGAACUUACGGGCAAUACGGGGAAGGCGACCGGCUGAAGGUGAAGUGGGAGAAAGCAAAACCGCAGCUGUGAAAAACCCGAAAAAGAAAGAAAGGAGCCGCGACCGGGCGGAGCUCCGCAAACGGCGAGCGGAGAAAUAAUGACGCUCCAGAGAAGUGAGUGAUAAUUUUCAUACUUAUACUGGGACUUAGAAAGAGAUUAUAAUUAAGAUUCCGGAGAGGGUCCAGAGAAGAGAGAGUUAACCCUGAGGAGGUCGAACCUAACCCAAUUGAAAAUAACCCGGAAGGGGAGGAGGGAGAAUUCUCCGGAUUGAAAACAACAAGCUGAAUGGAACCAUAGAGUUUUAACGAUCCAGAGUGGUCAAAAAAAAAUACAGUUCAGGAGAAAUCUUUUUGGAAAAAAAGCAAACGUAUUGGCGGAAGGAGACCAGUACAAAAAAUAAGAAGAGAUGGCAGCAACAAGAGCCAAAAACGGAGGGAACAACAAAACCCCAGACAAGAGUGGAUCUGAAAACUACGACAAGCUGGAGCAAAUGAUAGGAAGAUCUAUAACGCUACAGGAAGAAACAAAGGAAAGACUGAAUAAACUGGACUGUAGAUUUGGGACAUUUGAAAAAGAGAUUCAAGAAAUUAAGAAAGAGAUGAGUCAAGUAAAGAAGAUGGAGGAAUCAAUAAAAGAAAUAAAGAAUGAAGUAAUUAAUAUUAAGAAUAAUGUGACAGUCACAGACAGUAAAGUUGAAAUCUUCAAAAACCAGAUGGAAAUGAUGAUGGACCAGAUGGCGCUACAGGAACUUAGACAGAAAGAAGACACUCUAAGAUUUAGAGGAUGUAAAGAAGAAAAUAAAGAAAAUCUAAGGGAAAAGAUGACCACCGCCCUAGCAGAAUUCUUAGGAAUGGAAGAAAGGUUAAUGGAGCGUGAAAUUGACAGAAUCUACAGAGCAAAUACCAGAUUUGCAAAAGACAGAAAAGUUUCUAGAGACAUUGUAGUGACAUUUGCAAGGAAAAAAAUACGUGAUGAGAUUUUAAUAAAACAUUCAAAAACCAGAGUGACAAUAAGAGGUCAAGAAAUCAGAGUUCUCAAAGAAACACCGCUUCAUAUAUUAAGGAAAAGGAAAGACUAUGCUCCCUUAGUCAAUUGGCUAAGAGACAACAAAAUAAUUUUCAGAUGGGAACCCUUAGAAGGGGUAAGCUUUGCAUUAAAUGAGAAGAAAAUUCUGAUAAGAUCAGCUAUGCAAGCGCAAGACUUCUUGAAGGAAAGUGCAGAAUACGAAAAGAUACAAUAAUGUCAAAAAUAUUUUAGUGUAUUAGCAACAAACUAUGGAAGAAGAAAGAAGUCCUGACGAUGGCGAACUGGGAAGAGAAAUUACAAGAAAUGAUGAUACUGGACAAAUUAACCUGGAGGUUGAAGGAUAAACCAGAGAAGUUCGAAGAAACUUGGAAACUUUAUUUAAAAAACUGAAAGUUGGAAAAAUAAAACAAAUAAUAACUUUAAUAUGAUGAAACAGCUGGAACCCCUUCUAUAGAUAUGAAGAGGAUAAGGGUUAAAAAUAGCCAAAAAUAUUAGAAUGAAACAAAUAAGAACUAGUAUUGUUAUCCUUUCCCGUAGAGCCAAUGAUAAUUUUUUUUCUUUCUUUUUCUUCGUAACAAAAUAAUAAUAAGAUAGUUAUUUCGUUUAAGAAGGAAAAGUGGACGUUCACUUUUGAGGAAACUCAAAUUAUAAUUUUCUAAAAGCACUAGCAAAAACUGUAUGAACGGGUUGCAACAAUUAAAAUUGAUAGAAUAGGACUUUUUGUUUAAUAAGACUGUAUAAGGGAAAAUAUCCCCAAAAAAUAGAAGAAAAGAUAGAAAUACCGUAGAGAGUUUAAGAAAAACGACAGAGACCACUUUAAUCCCUUAUUUUUUCAUAAAUGUUGCAACUAAACUGGAAACAUUUUAAUUAACUACUUGACAAUUGUAAAAUUAUGAUUGUUUUAUGUAUGUAAGUGUGUGAUUGUGUUCAUUUUUGUAACUAUGUGAAUAUACAAUAAACUUUAUUAAAAAAAAAAGAAG